GGAGACAGCCCCUUCUGUUCCUGGCGUUGCAAUUAACCUGCAAGGAGACCCAGCGUACACUAGCAGCGUAAAGACCAAGAUGGGCUACCCAGCAAAAAGUUUGAUUCAGCAAAGCCAAGCCCGUGCGCUUUAAAACGAAACCUUCCUCGGGAACUCUGAGAGAGAAGGAAGCCGCCAGCGGUGAUUGCUACUCCCGUCAUGCAACGCGGUGCAGGACAUUAGGCGCGCAGCUCCAAAAACUACAAUGGCCGGCAUGCCUCCGUCCGAGAAAAAUUCCCGGCAUCCUUUGUGAAAGGGUUCUGCCCCAGCAGCCCUCGGGAAAGGGAUUGACUACGAAUCCCAGACUCCUUUGCGUUUUAGGUCUCUGUUUGAGGAAGUAGUAGUAGCAGUAGGCUAGAGGGCCUCAGUUUCUCCCUUUUGGCGGCCCCAGUUCCAGGGGGGCGGAGGCAGCAGCAGCACCGCAACCAUGAACCUGGAGCGAGUUUCCAACGAGGAGAAGCUCAACCUGUGUCGGAAAUACUACUUAGGCGGCUUUGCUCUGCUUCCUUUCCUGUGGUUGGUGAAUGUCUUCUGGUUUUUCCGAGAAGCCUUUCUGGCACCAGCAUAUACUGAGCAGCUGCAGAUCAAACGAUAUGUCCAGCGUUCGGCUGUGGGCCUCCUCUUCUGGGUGAUCGUGCUCACCACCUGGAUCAGCAUCUACCAGACGCACCGGGCACAGUGGGGCGAGAUGGGCGACAGACUCUCCUUCACUAUCCCCCUAGGUAUCCCCUGAGGAAUCUCUUCUCUUGCUGAUCGCCAAUGGGAAGCUUCAAACUCUUUUCCCAGUGGACUUCCUCGGUGGCCGGGCAGCGGUCAUCAUGACUUCCUCCUUCUACGGAACUAGCGUGGCAUUGUGUUUUGACAAAGUGGGGAGGGGAGCUGCCUUUCAGCAUACCCCAGGAUCCUCCAUCUGGCAUACCCCACUACAGGCUGUUUACAGAAGUGGCCAAUAAAUAUGGGCUUCUCCA